AUGGGCCAAUCUGCACACUCCAGCUCUUUGUAUUCAACUAAGUUGAUACUUCAUUGGAAACUCAAGAAGCCUUCGCUUUUCGCUCGCAAGUUAAUGUCUAGCUUCCGCAAAACUAUUCACGAUUCCCCUGUGUCGGACUCCAGGAAAAGGCAGUCCAAAAAAGAUGAAGCCAUCAGAAGGAAGAUCGAGCAUGAACUUUCCAAGAAGAGGGGCCAGCCCACUAAGCUGAGCAAAAGGAGAAAAGCUGCUCCAGGAACUGUAAUGUCUUUGAAUCCCUCCGAUCCAAUCAUUUGCAAGACCUCGGCUACCGUUUUUGAAGUGGCUCAGUUGAUGUCUGCUAAGAAAGAGAACUGUAUUUUAGUUGUAGACGAUGGGGGCCACUUGAUCGGUAUAUUUACAGCUAAGGAUUUAGCUUUCAGAAUUGUUGGUUCCGGAUUGAAUGCCAGCACGGUCUCGAUUGAUCAAAUCAUGACGCCAUCGCCUAUUUGUACCAAAGCUUCUGACCCAGCAUCUGAGGCUUUGACUUUGAUGGUAGAGAGAGGGUUCAGACACCUACCAGUUUUGGACGAUGAUGACCAUAUUGUGGGAGUCUUGGAUAUUACUAAGUCCUAUGCUCAGCAGAUGGAGAAGCUUGAAAGAUUGCAUUCGUCUUCAAGAAAACUUUACGAAGCCUUGGACUCAGUUCAUUCCGAAAUGGGAGUGGCAGAUCAGCCCCGCCAUGUAUUUGAAUACUUUGAGGACUUGAAAUCCAAGAUGGAUGGUCCAACUUUACUUUCUGUGCUUGAUGGCUCAACAACACCUGUUUAUACCAGUGUCAAGUCGUCUGUGUACGAUGCGACAAUUCUUAUGAAGGAGAAUAGAACCACUGCAGUUUUGGUGAGAGACUCGAAGGAAACCGUCACAGGAAUCUUCACUUCGAAAGAUGUGGUAUUGAGAGUUAUUGCAGCAGGCUUGGAUCCUAGAAAGUGUUCUGUUGUACGGGUUAUGACCCCAAAUCCAGAUGUUGCAUCAGCUACAACAUCCAUCCAGGAGGCAUUGAGACGCAUGUUCGAGGGCCACUACUUGAACUUGCCAGUUGUUGAUGAUGAGAAUGAAAUUGUCGGCAUUGUAGAUGUUUUGAAGCUCACCUAUGCUACGCUUAACCAAAUCCAAAGAAUCGAGCUGAAUCCACAAGAGCCAAAAGCUAAAGAAGAGGGACCAGCAUGGAAUAAAUUUUGGACAUCGCUUGAUAACGAUGACAAUGAUUCCACACAUUCUGACUCGAUUGCAAGUGUACCUGACGUGACACCCUCUGAGUUCCAUCUGUUUGACAUCGGUCCUCAAGACUCAAUUUCUGCAGUAGGAGAGAGUAUUUCUUCAAGACAACCCACCAAAACGAUUUCCAACAUGUCUGAUCAACUGGCAGUUUUUACAUUCAAGUUCAAAUCUCCCGCUAUUCAGGGCCGUGUUCAUCGAGUGACGCUCAAGCCCCAUGAGUCGUUGGAGGAUUUAAGGCUUGUCAUUAGCGAGAAAUUACAUUUCAAGGACUUAGAGAUUUUGCAGGCAACCAAGGAUGGCGACGGAGCAUACGCUAUCAGUUAUGUGGAUGAUGAAGGAGACGUUGUAUCCAUCACAUCUGACAAUGACUUGAGGGACUGUAUUCGCAUCAACCAAGAGAUGGAAAAGAACAAGGCCGACUUGUACCUUCAUAACCCUCACGAGCAUGCACCAGUAAGAAAUAUAGUCAAGAAUAGCGAAUCCCAUAACAGCGGAGAUAUCAUUCCAGGAGUGUCGAACCAACUCCUUAUAUCUGGAGCAUUGGGUGUUGCUUCGCUAUUAGCAGCCGCACUAAUUGUGACGAAGAGAAAGUGA